UGAUGGCUCCGCCCCUUCCUGUUUCAUCGAUCCGUUCGACACUCUGCUGCUCCUGACUGCGUGCUACUCCAGGGCGGAAGAGAAUCUAGGCCUAGCAAGCGGAGCUACGAGCUCAGCUGAUGCAACCUGAAGGGACUAGCGUGACAGUUCCCGGCACGCGGCGACGGCGGCGAACGAGGAAAGGGCGCGGGUGCCGGCUGAGCGCGGGAAGCGGAGAAAGCGGAGCCAUGGGGGAUGCUCCUAGCCCUGAAGAGAAGCUGCACCUUAUCACCCGGAACCUGCAGGAGGUUCUGGGGGAAGAGAAGCUGAAGGAGAUACUGAAGGAGCGGGAACUUAAAAUUUACUGGGGCACGGCCACCACAGGGAAGCCACAUGUGGCUUACUUUGUGCCCAUGUCCAAGAUUGCUGACUUCUUGAAGGCAGGAUGUGAGGUAACGAUUCUGUUCGCGGACCUUCAUGCUUACCUGGACAACAUGAAAGCUCCCUGGGAACUUCUAGAACUUCGAACCAGUUUCUAUGAGAAUGUGAUCAAGGCAAUGCUGGAGAGCAUUGGUGUACCCUUGGAGAAGCUCCGGUUUAUCAAAGGCACUGACUACCAGCUCAGCAAAGAGUACACGCUGGAUGUGUACCGACUGUCCUCCAUGGUCACACAACAUGAUGCCAAGAAAGCCGGGGCUGAGGUCGUGAAGCAGGUGGAGCACCCUUUACUGAGCGGCCUGCUGUACCCUGGACUGCAGGCUUUGGAUGAAGAGUACUUAAAAGUAGAUGCCCAGUUUGGUGGUAUUGACCAGAGGAAGAUUUUUACCUUUGCAGAGAAGUACCUCCCUGCACUUGGCUACUCAAAACGGGUCCAUCUGAUGAAUCCCAUGGUCCCAGGAUUGACUGGGAGCAAAAUGAGCUCGUCAGAAGAGGAGUCCAAAAUCGACCUCCUUGAUCGGAAGGAGGACGUGAAGAAAAAGCUGAAGAAGGCCUUCUGUGAGCCAGGCAACGUGGAGAACAACGGGGUUCUGUCCUUCAUCAAGCAUGUCCUCUUUCCCCUCAAGUCUGAGUUUGUGAUCCUGAGAGAUGAGAAGUGGGGUGGAAACAAGACCUACACCGUUUACCUGGAGCUGGAGAAGGACUUUGCCGCUGAGGUUGUACACCCUGGAGACCUAAAGAAUUCUGUUGAAGUUGCCCUGAACAAGUUGCUGGACCCCAUUCGAGAAAAGUUCAAUACCCCAGCCCUGAAGAAGCUGGCCAGUGCUGCCUACCCAGAGCCUUCAAAGCAGAAGCCCACUGCCAAAGGCCCUGCCAAGAAUUCAGAACCAGAGGAGAUCAUCCCCUCCCGGCUGGAUAUCCGUGUAGGCAAAAUCAUCAGUGUGGAGAAGCACCCAGAUGCAGAUAGCCUGUAUGUGGAGAAGAUUGAUGUGGGGGAAGCUGAACCCAGGACUGUGGUGAGCGGCCUCGUACAGUUUGUGCCCAAGGAAGAACUCCAGGACAGGCUGGUGGUGGUGCUGUGCAAUCUGAAACCCCAGAAGAUGAGAGGAGUCGACUCCCAGGGCAUGCUGCUGUGUGCUUCCAUAGAAGGGCUGAGCCGCCAGGUUGAACCUCUGGACCCUCCUGCAGGCUCGGCUCCUGGUGAGCGAGUAUUUGUGAAGGGCUAUGAGAAGGGUCAGCCAGACGAGGAGCUCAAGCCCAAGAAGAAAGUCUUUGAGAAGCUGCAGGCCGAUUUUAAGAUUUCUGAGGAGUGCAUUGCACAAUGGAAACAAACCAACUUGAUGACCAAGCUGGGGUCCAUCUCCUGUAAAUCACUCAAAGGGGGGAACAUUAGCUAGCCGGCUCAGCCUCCUCCUCGCACCAUGCCAUCUGCGGUCUCAGCUUAUUGCAUCAUCACCCGUCCCCAUCUCAGGACACUGAGCUGCAGGUCUGGAACUGUUGAUAGACAGAAGACUUGGUAAGGGACAGCUCACCUUCCUACCGGCUGGGAUCAUCCCACCUGGCUGCAAGGGAACUGGCCGUCAGCGUGGGGUAAGGACGGCUGCCCAGCAGCAGAGCUGCGCCUCCUCCCUUGGCAGCUGACUUGAGAAAUCUGGUUUCAAUAGAACCAGUAGAAAAAGUUUAUUCCACUGUCCUUGAAAUUGGAAAAACACUGGUUCCCAAGUUUCCGAGGGUUGUCCCCACAGCUGUACCUCUAGCCGGGAUCUAGUGCCUGGUCUGGGCUAAUUACAGUUUCUCCCCACAGGAAAUUGUGGGAUUUGAAAAGAAGGGAAACAGAGCCUAGAGGUCUAUCAAGCUUCCCAGGGCUGGCAGCACCCCAAGGCCCGCCUACCCUGAGGCUUGGCACCAGUGGCAGGGUCUGCCCCAGCUCUCCUGGGGCUUCCCUUGAUCUGGCUAGGUUGGGACACUCCCAAAACCAGAUGUGUGUCAGCAGCAGGACAGGAAUGGACUGACACAACGUGGGGUACUUCAUAAGGCAUCUCAAUCAGGUCACUAACCGCCACUGUCAAAUUCAAAUAAAGUGUCUGAACACGG